CAGAGCGCUGGGGUUUGCAUUGGCCCACAUCUUUCCAACAGUGCAGGUUCAUCUGUAGACUUCUUCCGCCUUCUCUAGUUUCUGCAUCCUUGUUCACUCGAGUUCAGUGAAGUGAAGGAUGAGGAAAGAUUUCAACCUUUAGUAACAGCACGAAAAACACCGCACUGCCUCAAAUUGAAGAAAAGUUCCUUUGUCUGUUAUUUUUAGAUCCAACAUUCAGAAUGAACGUCAUCGUGUGUUUGGGAUUUGUGCUGGGUGCACUCUCUGCUGCAGCCACGGUGUUCCACACAAAACCCCGGCAGCGCGUCACUUUGGAGUGCGGGGUCGACUCCUACAGCAGAAGCCUGGCGUGGUCUCACAGGGAUGAACUGAUUAUUCAAAUUGAUAAGAGGAGCGGCUUCCCUCGCAAAGGCCCGGCUGCCAUUAAGGAAAGAACAAAGCUGAAGCGGGACAAGAAUCUGGAGAUUUCUGACGUGAGGAGAGAAGACGCUGGAGCGUUUACCUGCGAGGCAGACGGUCGCUCUCACGCGCACACGCUCCUUGUGGUUUCAGUGUCGGCCAGUCCCUCCGAGGAGCUGCAGCCGGGCAGCAAGGUGACGCUCCAGUGUGAGGUCGCAGGCCUGAACCCGGACUCCACUGUGCAGUGGAUGCGGCCGGACGGAAGCGCCCACGAGGGGUCAGACACCGUCCACCUGAAUCCCGUGGCCGCCUCGGACUCAGGGACCUGGGAGUGUGCGUUCUCCCACGGCGGGGAGACGUACAGAGAGAAGCUCGACGUCCGAGUUAAAGACCCUGUGUCUCCAACAUCCCCCGCUGUCCGGACAUCAGAGUUCAACAAUGGGACACCGUGCCCCAGCUGCGGCGCUGACCCUCUCGGUUGGUGGGGUCCGCUCGGCUGGUGGCUGUGGGCCGCGGCAGGAGCUGGAGGCCUGGUCGUGCUCCUCCUGAUGGUGCUCGUCAUUGUCUUGUGCAGGAGGAUCAGGAGACGGAAGAGAAAAUGGCAGAACAAGAUGAAGAAUGGCCAAAGAUCUGCGAGGUCCAAGACGUACUGUCAGUGUAACUGCCGUCCAGCUGCGGAGAAACCACAGCCAGGACGUCAGAAAGCGAGGCCGUCCACCCUCGCUCAGAAGCCCCUGCUAAGGGAGUGAUGGGAGAGACGGAUAGAAGAGAGCAGGGACACGGGGAGAGGGACAGAGGAUUAGGUGGAGAUAAAGAAAAAGAGAGCAAGUGAAAGAGAACCCCUGUGAAGCAUGUGGCCUGAAUGUAAAUGGACUUUUGAAUGCUGGUGAAAAUCAAAUCAAAAUGUAAAAGUGUAUUUUUCACCAAAUAUAAUCUGUAGUUAUUUCUUAUGCAGCAUGUGAACAAAAUGUCUCUGCAUCCUCCAGCUUCGUCACCUUCUAAUGUUCUGCAUAACAUCCAGCUGAUUUCAAUAUCCCUUCUUUCUUUGGUGUAUUUGAUGUAUGCGUUGUAUAGUUUAUGUUUUUUUCUUGUAGGUUGUAAAAGGCCUGAGUAUUGUGCUGAAAUGUGUUCCCCCAGUCAAUAAACUAUAAAGAAACCCAA